AUGGAAAGCCAGCUCAUCCUCAACCCUGAAGUGCCACUGGGGCCUGCCAAUGGGCCCAACGAGCCGCUGCCCCCCAAUCCGCUUGUGAACGCCGACCCCUUAGGCGAAUUCAUUGACGGCAUGUCCGAAAAUUCGAAAAUGUGGUAUCUGUCGAAGGGCGAUAGCUACCUUGUGCAGCAUUGCAUCGGGCGCCUGAGAACUGCGAGCGUCGGCAACGUCCACGGACCUGGACCUUUGACCUGUGGUGACACGCAUCUGCCACCCGUCCAGAGGAAUACCUGCCACGAGCACUUCAGAACUGUGAGGCGGUCUGCGGACGAAGUGCACGAAUAUCGAAAGAAGAAUAGGAUAACGAUCGUGAAUGGACGUAGGGUCCCAAAGCCACUACUGCACACUUACGAAGCCAACUUCUCCGCAUGCCUAGCUGUGGCCCUCGAAGCAAACAUCUACCCCUCCUCCCCCACACCCACUCAGGCCCAGUGCUGGCCCAUAGCACUAGAGGGCAGAGAUCUACUUGGCGUUCUUGGAUCUGGAGCUCAAGGCAAGACCCUGGCUUAUAUCCUCCCAACAAUCGUUCACGUCCUACAGCAGCCGCACCAAGAACACCGCCAUAGUUUCAUGACACUGGUACUGACACCGACACCGGAGGACGCCCGCGAAAUUCAGCGAGUGGUGAGUGAAUUCGAAACCUACACUCGAGUCCGCGCUAAGUGCGUCUGCUCCGGGGACUCGAAGGACCAACAGCUGAGUGACCUGAGGUACGGCUUUGAAAUCUGCGUUGCGACGCCCGGUCGUCUUCACACGUUAAUCAAAGAGGCUAUGUUGGACAUCGGCCGGUGCAGAUAUCUCGUGCUGGACGGAGCAGACUGCAUGGUUGACAUGGGCUUCGAGCAGCAACUUAUGCGUAUCGCUGGGUCCACUAGGCCCGAUCGCCAAACCAUAAUGUGGAUGUCCAGAAGACCAAGGCACCUUUAUCGGCUUGUGGACGCACUGCUUAAGGAGUACGUUGAAAUACACAUCGGGAUGUGCCCAGCCUCGCCAGACCAAAGCGUUCAACCCGUAGUCCUCGUCACUGCUGAGGCUGAGAAAGAGGCCAAGCUUGUGGGACUACUACAGGACAUUCUGGACAGGCAAGCGGAAGCAGCAGCCGGAAAGGUGAUUGUGUUUGCCGAAACAAAAAAGCGUGUUGACGACCUGGUGUCCAAUCUGCGGCUCUGUAACUGGCCUGUCGUUGGCGUUCAUGGCGGGACUUCGGAUAGCGAGCGGAAUUGGGCGCUGGCAACAUUCCGUCUUGGCAAGGCGCGCAUCUUGGUGGUGACUGAUGCGGCCACGAGACAGCUGUCCUCAAACAGUGUGUGCUUUGUGGUCAACUAUGAUUACCCGAGCAGCGCUGAGGUGUACUCAAGACGACUUAGUCAUGUAUCGCACUCAAGAGGCCAUGACUAUGGCGUGGCGUACACUUUUAUUAAGCCGGACGACAGCCGAUGCGCCCGACAAAUGAUCGGUAUUAUAUUCUUCGUGCUUCAAAGGUGA